GGAGGAAGAUGGCAGGACGGCUGCCGGCCUGUGUGGUGGACUGUGGCACGGGGUAUACAAAAUUAGGAUAUGCUGGAAAUACAGAACCACAGUUUAUCAUCCCUUCCUGUAUUGCUAUUAAGGAGUCAGCAAAAGUGGGAGAUCAAGCUCAAAGGAGGGUGAUGAAAGGUGUUGAUGACCUAGACUUCUUCAUUGGUGAUGAAGCAAUAGAAAAACCUACAUAUGCAACAAAGUGGCCAAUCUGCCAUGGUAUAGUUGAAGAUUGGGACUUGAUGGAAAGGUUUAUGGAGCAAGUGAUCUUUAAAUAUUUAAGGGCAGAACCUGAAGAUCAUUAUUUUCUUUUGACUGAACCUCCACUGAAUACUCCAGAAAACAGGGAAUAUACUGCUGAAAUAAUGUUUGAGUCCUUCAAUGUUCCUGGCUUGUACAUUGCUGUACAGGCCGUUCUUGCCUUAGCUGCAUCUUGGACCUCCAGACAAGUAGGAGAACGGACGUUGACCGGUACGGUAAUAGACAGUGGAGACGGUGUCACUCAUGUCAUCCCUGUGGCUGAAGGGUAUGUGAUUGGCAGCUGUAUUAAGCACAUUCCAAUCGCAGGACGAGAUAUAACAUAUUUUAUUCAGCAAUUGUUGAGAGACCGAGAAGUAGGAAUUCCUCCAGAGCAAUCCUUGGAAACUGCUAAGGCAGUGAAGGAGCGCUAUAGUUAUGUCUGCCCAGACUUAGUAAAAGAAUUUAACAAGUAUGAUACAGAUGGAUCAAAGUGGAUUAAACAGUAUACUGGAAUCAAUGCUAUUUCAAAGAAAGAGUUUUCCAUUGAUGUUGGAUAUGAGAGAUUCUUGGGACCUGAAAUCUUUUUUCAUCCAGAGUUUGCUAACCCAGACUUUACCCAGCCUAUCUCAGAAGUUGUAGAUGAAGUAAUUCAGAAUUGUCCUAUUGAUGUCAGACGUCCUCUCUACAAGAAUAUUGUCCUCUCUGGAGGUUCAACCAUGUUCAGGGACUUUGGACGUCGUUUGCAAAGAGAUUUGAAAAGAACUGUAGAUGCCAGGCUGAAAUUAAGUGAGGAAUUGAGUGGUGGUAGAUUGAAGCCGAAACCUAUUGAUGUACAAGUCAUUACACAUCACAUGCAACGAUAUGCAGUUUGGUUUGGAGGAUCUAUGCUGGCUUCCACACCUGAGUUCUACCAAGUAUGCCACACCAAAAAGGAUUAUGAAGAAAUUGGACCUAGCAUUUGUCGUCGCAAUCCAGUGUUUGGAGUCAUGUCGUAAAAUUGGCUUCAUAGUUAUUGGGGUUAGGGAGGUGGGGAAGAAAUAGUCUUUCUGAUUACCUGUUUUGUCUGGAUGGCUGGUUUGAAACCUGACUUGAAAUAAUAAGACCAAACAUUAAUUAUACAGGAAUAUUUUAAUAAGUAUAUCAACAUGCGAAUGUAGA